AUGGACAACUUUCCCGCUCCCGGACAAAGCGACCACAACUCAUUAGAGAGAUAUACCCUAAGCCAGUUCGCACAGCCGCUUGCUCGGCCAUCGACUUCCACUCCCUUCCCCCAUGGCGGACGUCCGCUGCCCGUCGAACCACGACACUUCCUCGACCAAACGCUCAGCGUUCCCCAUGGCAUUCACAAUACAGCCCGCAAUGCGGAGCAGAAGCAAAGUACGGCAAGGCCACCAAAGUCAGCGGUGCCCUUAGCGGAGGUCCUGAACAACGAGGGCGGUUCCACAGUCUUCGGCGGAUCACUCCAUGACAUACUAGACGACACGAGCGCUCGGAAGCGCAUGAAGCUAGACGGUGCGGAGCUGUUGACGCUGCCGAAACCGCAUCCACCGCCCAAGAAAGGGACGAGGAGGAGGAUUCCGCCACUGCUGCAGGGACUGCACCAGCCGCCGCCCGAUGCGGGAUUGUUUCCUCCUAUCUCCUCGGAGCCGCCUGUCAAGAAGGCUCAGGUUGUACCUGUUGCCGAGGAGGCUGCUGUGGAGACUACUGUGAAACUCGUGGCGAAUGUACAGGAUGCUGAGUCGCAGCUGCAGCCGCCCGCUGACGCGGAUGCGAAAAAGCCGUCCAAAGGUAGGAAGCGCAGAAGAUGGACGGAACAGGAGACGAACGACCUGCUGUGUGGUGUGGCCAAAUUCGGUAUCGGCAGCUGGAAGAAGAUUCUAUCGCAUUCGGAGUACUCGUUCCAGGAUCGAAAUGCCGUGGAUCUGAAAGAUAGAUUUCGCGUCUGUCGGCCUGAUGAUUAUCGAAAGCUCAAUACAGUCGAUGGACCUAGAAUAGCGUCCCCGACCGCAGCUCAAUCUACUAGCGCCGCUACUGAAAGAGUGCCAGUCAAGGCAGUCUCAAAUCUGAUAUCCUCGAACAUACUCCAGCCAUGCGAGCCUAAGACCUGCCCCUCAAAACCAGAACCAUGUCCUCCGGACCGCAAGCAUCGCAAGGGUGCCGAAGACCUCCUUCGCAUCGGGAUCGAGGAGCCGUUCCGCAAAAGCAGUCAUCGUGAGCGCAGAGCUUUCACCGAGGAAGAGGAUGCUGCUCUCCUACAAGGCUACGAAAAGCACGGACCGCACUGGAAAGCAAUACGCGAUGACCCAGAGCUGGGACUCUCCAGCCGGAGACAUCCACUAGAUCUGCGAGAUCGCUUCCGCAACCGCUUCCCAGAGAAGUACACCGAAGCCGGGUACAAGCUCCGUCCAAAAAGCGCGUCGAAGCAAGACCCCACAUCAGAAGCCGCAACAGCCUCGAACAUGGCUACCAGUACGAAGAGUCCUCUGCCAACUGGCCCAGACCACCCACGCCCCGCUACCUCCAUCCCGCCCACCUCAGCAAACCAACCACCCCCAAAGCCCUUCGCCUUCUGGAGCACCCAUCUCCCCGACAGCGCCGACUUCGACUUCCUCUCCGAGCCCACCACAACCUCCAGCCCCAUAAUCCUCAACCGCGACAUCCUCGACUUCGUCGACACGAACCUGCCCCCGCUGUCCUCGAGCCUAUUCACCCACAUCAACCCUGGGCUGCUGGACACGUUGCUGCCGCCUAGUAAGGCCGUCGGCACGCUGCCGCAGCUUCCUUUGGGCCUGCCGAGUCUGGUGAGGCCGUCGGGUCCCGGGCCAGGGACUGGGACGGGGAUGGGGCCGGGGAAUUUCAUGGGGCAGGGGCCGCCGCUUGCGAGUUUGCUCCAUGCGGGUAGUGGACGGGGCGGGCAGGCGGGUGUUAGUUUGCCGCCGCUGGCCGAUUUGGGGUCGGGGGUUGAUGCGCAGCCGGCGGGGUACUUUCUAGAGGAACUACCGGCGCUGAGGAGUGCGACGGACGGCGGAGAAGGCGAGAGGAACUGA